AUGAAAGGUUUAUUAUAUAGUCAAGAUGGCGCUUAUGCCUUUCCUCUUGGCCCUAAAGUAACAACAGUUGGACGAGACAAUUGUGACAUAAGUAUCAAUAGUCCUAAUGUUGAUAAUCAACAUGGAUUAAUAGAAUAUGAUGAUGAACAACGUUGUUUUAUUUUAAAAGAUUUAAACUCAUCAUCAGGUACUUAUGUUCAUGAUUGUCGUGUACAAAAUGCAGCUGUUCGACUGUCUAAUGGUGAUAUUAUACGAUUUGGUUGUAAUGGUUUACCACUUGAAUUUCGCAUUGAACAAAUACAAGAAACAACAAUGCCAUCAAUCUAUCAAAGACAAGCAGCAACAAAUUCUCUUCAACUUAUCUCUCAAACAAUUCCAUCACGAAGAGCACCAAAUGGAAUAACUAAUCAACAACAACAAAUUGAUGUUACACAAAAUCCUGGAUUUUCACUUCGAACUCGACCAUCAAGUGUAGGAUCAAAAAGAACAUCUAGUAUUCUAACAAAUCCUAACAAUCAAGAUUUAAAUAUGACACGUGAUUCUCAUGUUCGUACGAAUGCUUGGACAAUAAAUAGUACAUCAAAUAAUAGUCGAAAUAUGAUCAAUGGAAGUUUUGUUGGUGAAUUAGAUAUAUCUUCACAUGAUAAUAUGGAAAUAACAAAUCGUGUUGAUCAACUUGAAAAAGAAGUUAAAGGACGUGAUGCAGAAAUUCGUGGAUUAAAUGAUCGACUUCGUAGUUUAGAACCAGUGAGUUCAACAUUUACAAAUGAAGUUCGAACAUUAAAAAAUGAAUUAGAAAAAGUUAAACGAGAAAAACAAGCAGCAUCAGGACUUAUAACAAAUCUUCAACGUGAUCUACUUUUAAAAGAAUCAGAUGUAGCGAAAUUAACACGAGAAAUUGAAGGAAUGAAAAGUGAUAGUCGGGAUAAAGAUCUUCGAUUACAAUCAUUGCAAGCUAAGUUGAAUCUACUUCGUGAUCGUAAUCGUGCUGAAGAAGACCGAUAUACAAAAGAAAAAGAACUUAAAAUGAAAGUUGCUGAACAACAAAUAAAUGAAUUAAAUGAAAGUGUUAAUCGACUUAAAUCACAAUUACAAGAUACUGAAACACAAUUAUUAAGAUUAAAUCAAAAUGAACAAAAAUUAAAACAAGAAUGUGAAGAUGCACGUGGACAACUUGUAGAACUUCAAAGAAAUGAAACAACACUUAAAACUAAUCUUGAAAAUUCUGAGAAAAAACAUAAUGAAUUUUGUACAAAUAUAUGGAAAUGUUUUUCAACUGAUGAUGAUGAUGAUUAUGAUGAAGACCAACAUAAUCUAGUUGAACAAAUACAACAACUUAAACAACAAUUAGAUCAAUCUCGAAUUGAAACUCAACAACAACGUGAUACUCAUGCACAUUUAAAUGAAGAGCUUAGAAAUUCACUUGCAAAAUUUAUUGAUAUGCUUAAAAGUACAAUGCAAGAACAAACAACAUCAGAAACUCUUUUGAAUAUUCGACAACAAAUGAUUGACCUUAACGAAAAUGCUCAAGACGGUACUCUUGUUGGAAUGUUUAAACAAACAGCAAUUAAUAUUAUUGAUUAUCAUACAAGAUUAAUUUCUGAAAUCAAUAACUUAGUUGUUAAACGUGAAGAUCAACAAGGAGAAUUACCUGUGAAUGAAACAUUAGCUUUAAUUCGCCGUCAAUAUGAAGAUUUAGAACGUGAAAAACAAAGUCUUUCACUUGAACAUACAUCUCAUGAAGAUAGUUUUCGUUCUGAAAUGGAAAAAAUUACAGCAGAAAAAGAUGCUUUUUGGCAACAACAUUAUAAUGAUGAAUGUAAUCGUCUUCGUGAAGAAAAUGUUCAAGCACAAAAUGAUUAUGAUGAACAAAUACGUUCAUUGUCCGAUCGUCUUGAGACAGCUACUUCACGAAAUAGUGAAUACCUUCAGCAAUGGAAUACACUUCAAAUUGAAUCAUCUAAUAAAAUUGACGAAUUAACUACACAAUUACAUGAAUGUCAACGUCAAUUAACUGAAGAAAAAGAACAACAAUAUGGAUUAACAGAUACACAUGAACGACAAAAAGAAGAAUACAAUCAACUUGAGAAGGAAAAAAAUGCAACUAUUGAUGAAUUAAAUGCACAACUUAUUGUUUACAGAGGUCAGGUACAACAAUUUUCAAAAACAAUUGUACAAUUUGAAAAGAAUUUAACUGAGGAACAAGAGAAACGUCUCAAACUACAAACUGAAUUAGAUGCUGUUAAUAAAAAAGUGAAAGGUAAACCACCAACACCUCCAGUAUCAGUUGAAAAAAUAGUACCGGUACUGAUGACUACGUCUGUUGCUGAUGUUAGUAAUGAAGUAUAUGCCCAUAAAACACGUAUUCAAGAACAAGAACAAAUCAUAAUUUCAUUACGACGUGAUCUAGCUGGUCUCAAUGCUCGUUUAUCUGAUGUUAAUGGUGAAUUAACUGAUAAACAAAAACGAGCUUUAGAAAAAAGUGAUACAACAAUACGUGAUCAAACUAAAGAAUUAAAUACUACAAGAGUUAAAUUAUCAAAAUUAAGUGAUGUUGUUGAUAAACAAUCAGCAAAAAUCGAAUCAUUACAAACGGAUCUUGCAAAAUCUAAAACUUUAGCAAAUCAAUAUCAACUAUUAGUAGAUCAACGUCAAAAUGAUAUUGAUCGUUUAACACAAAAUCUUGAACAAAAAACUUCCAUUGUUGAUCGAGUUGAAAGAACUCACCAUGAUGAAGGUCGUGUAACGCAUGAAUUCGUUGCUAUUGGUGCACAAUGUAAAGGUGAACGACAUGAACAAACAAUUGAACGACAACGUCAAGCAUUAAAUGAAUUACGUGCAAGAAUGAAAUCCAUAGAGCAAUUAAGACCAGCUAAUCCAUCCUAUGAAAAAACUUUACAACAAGUUGUUUCACUUAAACGUGAAUUAGCAGAAAUACGUGCAAGACAAGCUCUACCAAUUGAUAUACCAUUUUUAACAGCACCAGCAUCAAAUUCUAUUCAACAUCAAUCAGCAACUAUGUCAUCACAAACAUUAACAGCAGCUGCUUCAUCUGGUAUGUCACCUGAAGCACAAAAAAUUAUUGAAGAACGUACUGCUCAUGCUGAAACUAUGAAUACAUUACAAUCAUGUGAUGAAUUAUAUAAUACUUUUACACGAAAAUUAGUUCGAUUACUUGAUAUUGAUGAUGAUACACUCUUAAAUACAUCUCCUCUAUCUACUGUGCCAGCCAAUGAACGUUAUCUAGCUAUACAACAACGGCAACGCAUUAUUGAUAUUUUAUUACAAAAACUUGAGGUGUUACAUGACCGCUUAACACGUAAAGAAGAUUUAUUGAAAGAUUAUGAAAGAGAUUUAGGUAAAUUACGUCAAGCAGAAAUAAUACUACGUGAAAAAAAUAUACUUGUACAAGAUCUUCAAACCGAUAAACAAAUAAAAGAUGAUGAAACUUUAUUUCUUCGAAAUAGUUUAAGAGAAACUCAAGAUACUUUAAAUCAAGAAAAACGAGUUAAUUCAUCAAUUAAACUCGGUCGAAAUAUUGAUCAAGUACAACCAAAUGAAUUAAUUCGUCGGAAUGGUGGUUCAGCAACGACACUUCAUCAUCAUUGUCCACCAGAUAUAAAUGGUAAAAUUCAUACAGUAAAACGAGAUAUGAAUGAAAAAAUUAAUCGAAAAAAUUACGAAAUUAAAACAUUAAAACAAGAAUUACACGAAGCUUUAGAUACAUUAUCUGAACAAUCACAUAAAGUUAAAGUACUUGAAUUACAAUCGAUGGAUAUAUCAAAUGGUACAAUCAAAUAA